AAAAUUAUACAUCUUAGCUAAAAACAAUCUUAAACAAUGGCAAAAGCUCCCAUGCUCACUUCCAAAACAUUCAAGGCAAUCGUCUAUCUUUUGUUGGUGGCUAUCACCUUCACUUGUGUCAAUUCAGCUAGGGUCCUUGAUGAGGUCGAACCGCAACCCCAAGUAGUCGACGACAAGCCGAGUGGCCAAGUGGUCCCUGCCGCCACUCCAAGUGGCCCAGAGGAUGAUCCACCGGUUCCCGCCGUGACAGCCCCAGCUACUAAGGAUGAGGCACCAGUAGCUACCCCUGCAGCAACAGAAGCCCCUGCUAAUGAUGAUGAGGCACCAGUAGCCACUCCUGCAGCACCAGAAGCCCCUGCUGAUGAUGAUGAGGCACCAGUAGCAACUCCUGCAGCACCAGUUGCAGGUGGUGCUGCAAUGGGACCAGGAGCAGCGGCUGCCACGGGGGCUAACCCGGGCUCGCACAAACCUGCAUUGUCCUUUUUCAUGCAUGACAUCUUAGGUGGAACACACCCAUCAGUCAGGGUAGUGACUGGUGUGAUUGCCAACCAAGAAAUCAAUGGCAUACCAUUCUCAAAAACCAACAACAACAUUUUCCCAGUGGAAGGAGCUGCUCCACUUCUAACAGGCAACAACAUUAACAACCUUAAAAACAUCAACAACCUUAUUAACCCCAACAAUGUCCCUUUCCUAACAGGUCUAACAGGUGCACAAACCAGUGCCGUCGUCCAAAACUCCCACAACAGCGACAGCGUUAUCAAUUCCGACAGCAACCCUUUUGUCACUGCAGGCCAACUCCCACCUGGCUCUCUCCAACGUCUCAUGUUCGGUACCAUAACCGUCAUCGACGAUCAGCUAACCGAAGCCCACGAGUUAGAUUCAGCUAUCCUAGGCAAAGCACAAGGGUUCUAUUUGGCUAGCUCAUUAGAUGGUUCUAGCCAAACCAUUUCGUUGACAGUUUUAUUACAUGGAGGUGAACAUGGUCACGAAAUCGAAGACACCAUUAGUUUCUUCGGAGUUCAUAGGACCGUGUCACCCGAAUCGCAGAUCGCGGUGAUCGGUGGGACCGGGAAGUACGAGAACGCAAGAGGGUACGCCACGGUUGAGACACUUCUCAACCAGGAGAAUCAACAUAUAACUGAUGGUGUGGAUACAAUCCUGCAUUUCAAUGUGUACCUCACCGAGUGAUAUUAGCAGCUUGGAGGCUGGUGGUCAUUAAUGGUGGUUCAUAUUUUCUACUAUUUUAUAUAUUGUGUGAUGGCUAAAAUUUAAGUGUGGAUUUCAUGUUGUGUUUGGUAUUGAAAUUUUAGUGGUGAAUAUGUGUUGAUGUAUAUUGGUUUAUGUUGUCAAAUCCAAUGUCACUCUUAAUUAGUGAUUAAUUAUAAAUUUAUAAAUUUACAUUUUAAAA